UGCGGCGGUGACGCGAUGUCAGUGGCGCCGGCAGUGAAGCGCGAGCAUGAGUGCGGGGGGGGCGGCGGCAGCCCCGGCCGCAAGCGCCGCAAGCAGGCCGCGCCGGCGCGCGCGCACCCGCCGCCGCCCAUUGACCUGCACGCCAAGAUGGCCGACAUCUACAAGAGCGCGCUGGCUUUCGGCGAGCUCGCGCUGCCCACCUUCGACCCCCUCGCCGCCUUCCGCCUGCUCCCCCGGCACGACCCCCCGCGCAUCUUCAACCCCGAGGCCUACUGCGACCUCUGCUGCAAGGAAUUCUGCAACAAAUACUUCCUGAAGACCCACCGGGCCAACAAGCACGGCAUCUACGACGGCGACCAGCAGCAGCAGCAGCAGCAGCAGCAGCAGCAGCACCUGGGCGUCCCGCCGCCGCCGGCUACGCCGCCGCGCCGCUCCUCUGACGAGGAGUCCGGCGGCACGCCCCGCCGCCUGUCCCCGGACUCAGCGCGGCGCGCGCGCGAAAGCGCCUUCCAGCCGGACGUGCUGCGCCGGCUCGGCGUCACCAACCCCGAGGCGUUUUGCGAGAUCUGCUGCAAGGAGUACUGCAACAAGUACUUCCUCCGAACCCAUCGGGAGCGGCGCCACGGUGUCCCGGCGCUCCGCUCGCCGGAGCGGCUCCCGGAGCCCUCGCCCGUCCCGGCGACGCCACCCUCGGCCCCGCCGCGCUCUAUCACGCCGCCGGAGCCGACGCCACCCCUCGCCCUGCCGCCCGCCCUGCCCUACGACGAUGACCGCCUCCCGGUGAAACGGGAGCACGAGGAGCGGGACGACUUCGAGGCGGCGCUGCGGGACAGCCAGACGAGCCCGCUCAACCUGAUCAUGGAGGAGCGCACCGUCGGCUCCCCGGGCUCCGCCAGCGAGGAGCUCCGCAAGCUGCAGACGAUGAUAUCGCAGCUGAACGAGCUGGCCGCGGAGCGCCUCGCCGAGGAGCCGGCGGACGCGCCGCGGCCGCAGUCCGACUCGCCGCCGCAGCAGGACGACCGCCGGUCGAGCGGCGGCGCGGCCGGCUCCAGCUUCUGCGAGAUCUGCAACAAGGAGCUGUGCAACAAGUACUUCAUGCGCACGCACAUGCAGCGCAUGCACGGCAUCUCGCUGGAGAGCGGCACGCAGCUCGGCGGCGUGACGUGCGACAUCUGCCACAAGGAGCUGUGCAGCAAGUACUUCCUGCGCGUGCACAAGCACAACACGCACGGCAUCCCCGCGCCGCCCGCGCCCGCCACCGCUGCGCCCGCCGAGGCGUGCCCGCUUUGCGCGCGUCGGUUCCGCGGGCCGCGCGCGCUGCGGGCGCACCUGCUGGCCGAGCACGCGCCGCCCGCCCGCCCGCCGCCGCCGCCACCCGCGCCGCCGCGCCCGCUCGACUUGCUGGCGCGCGACAAGCCCUACGCCUGCUCCUACUGCCCCUUCACCACCGACGUGCUCGCGUUCCUGUUCGCGCACGAGCGCGCGCAUGUACAGCGCGCCGCCGAGCAGGCCGAGCUGGCGGAGGGCGAGGGCGAGAGCGGCGCGGAGGCGAGCGAGGCGGGCGAGGGGGAGGGCGAGGCGGACGGCGACGCGUACUCGUGCUCGCGCUGCGAGUUCCGCGCGGAGAGCUUCGCGGCGCUGGAGGCGCACGUGCGCGCGGCGCACGGCGGUGCGGGCGCGCUGCUGGCCGUGCCGCGCGCGCCACGGGCGCCGCUCACCAUGCAGCCGUUCGUGCUGGAGGAGGCGGGCGGCGCGUUGAGCCUGCUGCCGGCGCUGGUUUUCCUGCCGGUGCGGCGCCGCGCCACGCGCCGCGCGACCGUCACGCUGACGCUGACGCCGGCCUAG